AGAUAGGACAGCCGCCGGGAUCCAGCCAAGGAGGCUGCGAUUGCCAACCACCAGCGGCAGCAGCGGAGGAGGCGGCAGCUCCGGGACAUGCAAGAUCGGGGAAAGGAGCAAAGGAGGGGGGGAAAAUGAAUGAAAUCAAAGAGAGUCUGCGGAACAUCGAACAGACAUACAAGGUCUUCCAACAGCAGCAAUUCACUUUCAUCGCUGCGCUGGAACACACACGAGAAAACGCCCAUGACAAGAUCAAGCCCAUCUCAAGCAUCGGACAGGUACAGACUUACAUGGACCAUUAUUGCAACAACUCCACCGACAAGCGCAUCAUGUUCAUGUUCCUCAGCAUCUGCAGCGAUCUGAACAAACUCUGCCAAAGGCUGGAAUCCCUUCACCCCGGCAACACAGUCACCAACACCCUCUUGGAGAAAUGCAAAACUUUGGUGAGCCACAGCAACGACCUCAGUGGAAUCCGAGCAAAGUACCCCCACGACGUGGUGAACCACCUCAGCUGCGAUGAAGCCCGGAACCACUACGGCGGCGUGGUGAGCCUCAUCCCCAUCGUCCUAGACUGCAUAAAGGAGUGGGUGGCCCACACCGAGAAGCUUCCGCGGAACAUGCUACACAGCGUGAGUGCCAGGAGGGCGGCCAUCUAUCAGCAGACAGACCUGCCCAUUCGGCACGUCGGGGACCGCGAUCAUUUAGGCCUGCCCGCUUACACCACCGAGGCCACUCAGACCUUGCCUAGUUGGACAGAGAAGGGCAGGGAGCGGGAAAAUAGGCGGGUUAAACUGAAGGAGCUGGGCGGCCUAGGGAGGGCCAUCCGCAAGUUCCUCGACGGGCCCUGGAAACCACCUGGUAAACAUGCAUUUUAA